ACCCCACCCCUCCAACGGGGAUCCCCUGGGUGUCCCGCCAUGCCGGGUGCAGGGCUGGGAGAGGCACUGCAGUCAGGGUACUGUGUCCUCAGUGAUGAGCCCUGAAGGGCCAUGCUAGGUGCCAGCAGCCGCCAGGGAGCAAAUUCAAUGCAGUUUACGUUCAUUAAAAACGGUGCUCUGGGCCAGUGGGAAAACGUGUCCCCCCUGCCCCAUCCUCCCCUGCCCCGUUGUCUCCCACCCCUGCCCCGGCGAUUCUCCUUGUCUACACCUGGUGUGAGCCCAGGGGCUCUGCAUGUAGCCGCACAAUACCAUUUUCUCCAGAUCUGGCUGUUCCCAGCCUCUGCCAGCAUGCGGCUUCUGGCUGGCAGGGUCGGGCCCUGGGCUGACCUCCCCCCAAUGCCUCCCUGCCAAGUCUGCCCUUCCAGGCACCUGAGAGUCUGCCCUGUGCCUCCUGCCUGCCCCUGGGCAACUCGGAGCUCUCCCAGGGCCAGCUCAGGCAAGGCCAGUGUUAGGGAUGGUCAGGGGACCUAAAGAGGACCUCAGCCCACUUAACUCCAGAGGUCACCCAGACUCAGUCACUGCCUGGUCCUGCCACCUGUGGGGUCCUGGCUUGGGAGAGGGCACCAGGCCGGCUGCAAGUGCCUUGUAGCCUGGCCCGGAGUGAAGAGCGGGGCUGGGGAUCAGCCUGGCAGACAUUCUUAUCAACCACUGAGGUCCCCAGAGCCCUGUGCCCACCUCAGCCACGGCUCUUUGGGUGGUGUGAGCCCCUCCAGUCCCUCAUCUCCGGCACACAUCUGCCCACAGAUGUGGCAGCCACCCCGUGCUUGGCUCUCCCCAGGGCUCUAAGGCCCUCAGGCAGGGACCCGCCCUGAGUAGCCUGGUCCAGGGACCUCUGGGGCUCCUGAUGUGGCCAGUGGGGCAGGAAUGGGCUGGCAGCCUGCUGGGCUGGCCCUGAGGGGGCUGGGGGAAGCCAGGCCUCCAACCACAGUGUCCAAAAGGGCGUGGCUGCCUUGGGCCCAUCCAGGCCCGAGAUCCUGAGGGUGGGGUAGCCCCCGCCCUGGCAGGGCUGGAAGUCCGUCUUCGGACAGAGCCCGUCCUGCCCAGAAGCCCAGCCAAGCCAGCAACAGGGGUGCAGGGACCGAGUGGCCCAGCCCCCUGGGCAGGGUGUCAGGGCCGGAGCCCAGAGGACUGCGGUUCAGGCUUCAGUCCCAGCCGGCGAACCAGAGCUGGGCAGAGCGGCCAGCAAGCGGCAGCCAGGGUGCCCUGGGCACUCGACCCCCAGAUGCCCCUGCUGGAGCCGUAAAGGGGAGGCACCCUGAGCCCGGAGGGAGCAUGGCCCUGGGGACUGAGCAUCUGGCUCAGAGCCGCUCCGCAGAGGCCCACUGCUCAGUGGAGUGUGGAAGACGAGGAGGAGGCCACCCGCAACCCAUGCCGGCAGGAGAGAGACCGGCAGCUUCAGGCCCAGGAUGUGGACGGAGGCGGCCAUGUCCCCGAGCGGCCGGAGCACGAGAUGCUCCUCAGCCUGAAGCCCUCGGAGGCCCCUGAACUGGAUGAGGACGAGGGCUUUGGCGACUGGUCCCAGAGGCCAGAGCAGCGACAGGAGCAUGAGGGGGUCCAGGGAGCCUCGGACAGCAGAGAACCCCCCCGGUGCAGGAGUCCUGAGGGGGAGCAAGAGGACAAGCCCGGCCUGCAUGCUGGUGAAAAGGAGGACGGUGACGAAGUCCACCUGGAGGAGUUGAGUCUGAGCAAGGAGGAGCCAGACCCAGAGGACACUGUCCAGGACAACCUGGGGGCCGCAGGGGCUGAGGAGGAGCAGGAGGAGCACCAGAAAUGUCAGCAGCCCAGGACACCCAGCCCCUCGAUCUUGGAGGGGACCAUUGAACACAGCUCACCUCCCCUGAGCCCCACCACUAAACUCAUCGACAGGACCGAGUCCCUAAACCGCUCCAUAGAGAAGAGUAACAGUGUGAAGAAGUCCCAACCAGACUUGCCCAUCUCCAAGAUUGACCAGCGGCUGGAACAAUACACCCAGGCCAUCGAGACCGCUGGCCGGACCCCCAAGCUAGCCCGCCAGGCCUCCAUAGAGCUGCCCAGCAUGGCCGUGGCCAGUACCAAGAGUCGGUGGGAGACGGGUGAGGUACAGGCUCAGUCUGCCACCAAGACUCCAUCCUGCAAGGAUAUUGUGGCUGGAGACAUGAGCAAGAAAAGCCUCUGGGAGCAGAAGGGAGGCUCCAAGACCUCAUCAACAAUUAAGAGCACCCCAUCUGGGAAGAGGUAUAAGUUUGUGGCCACCGGGCAUGGGAAGUAUGAGAAGGUGCUUGUGGAAGGGGGCCCGGCGCCCUAGGCCUCCUGUCUCGCUUCCUGGGUCUGCAGGUCCAGACGGGCGACACCCUCCAUGUACCCAGGGGAGAUCCCAGCCAGACACCUGCACCCCCGCCCUGGCUAAGAAGUUGCUUCCUGUUGCCAGCAUGACCUACCCUCGCCUCUUUGACGCCCCCCGCUGCCACCUCCUUUUGCUCCUGGACCCUUUGGCCUCUCUGCCCUUCCUCUCUCUGACCCCAACCACCCCCCGCCAGCUCUGCUUCUCACUACUUGGGGGAGGAAAGAAACUCCUGAUCGUUGGCCAAAGGAACUUACCCCUGGAGAGGCCAAGUACCUUCUAGGAAGUUAGGAGGUUGAGGCACAGUCCUGUGCAGAGAGGGCGGGUCACCCCCCAGAUCCAAGGGGAAACUGCAGGUCAAGGGCUGGUAAUGGCCAUGCAGGAAGCUUGAUGCUGCAUACCACCCCCCACUCUGCUUGCCACCCCCCACCCCGCCAUUUUAUAUAAUAAAGCUCCCUGUGUAUUCUCGUG